AUGGGAUAGUUGAAUUUUGGUAGAGUGCAAACCAAACACAACUUUGUUGGGACUAGGGCUAGCCACUAGUUUAUCCAACCCCACAGAGAAAUUAAUGUGAAAAUGUCUCUUGUGGAUGAGACACUAUCAGUUUUCACACUGAUAAGAACAGAUACUACAAUCGAUCUCAGCUUUUACGCCGAGAAGGACAAAGUUCUUCGUUUAGCAAAAGAGGACUUCAUUAAAUUUUUUUUAGUCAUUACAAAUUUUAUGGGUUUACUAAAUAAAUUUUUUGAAAUUUUAUGA